AUGGAAGAGUUCAAUGACAGUUUAAAUGGGACCGAUGGUAUCCCUCAAGAGCCAAUAAGGUUUGAAGGACCAGCAAGUUCAGGCCCAGGUCACUUUGAAGGAGAAGGGGCUCAGGAGGAUGAUCAGAGGGAUUUUGUCAUGAUAUCAGACUCUCAUGUUAAUAAUGUGCAAGAUUCACAACAACAAUGUUUUAACAUGGAUGUUAAUAGAGAACAUGGAAUGGUACGUCCUGAACAACUUCCAGGAAACUAUAACUAUAUGAACAGAUUACAAAAUACUGCUGAUAUAAGCAGAGAUACUGUAUCAGAUUUUGGUAACAUGGAUGCUUAUAGGAGGUCUGGACCAGAAGGAAGUCCAGCAUUUCAACAAAGUGGUGGUUUUCUGCCAAGCAUUGGAAGUGAUAAUGAAUCCAGUGUAAUAUUUAGGCCUGUUAGACAACUAGAUUUCUCUGCUCUGGAUGAAACUGCACAGACAGAGGAGAUGAUCCCCCAUGGAAUGAAUCGUUCAGUGUCAACUCCUGAGCAUGAGGUUAGGGGCAUGUCAUAUCUCGAGAGAGAAGUAUGUGGUUCUCAGGCAGAUGAUGAAAAUACACGGGAAACCUCACCAGAAACAGGAUUCUUUGAACUUAAAUCUUCUCCACUUCAUACAAGUGAAAGUGAAGGAGAAUUAGACAGUCGUGUGAUAUUUUCACCACUAAACAAUGGUGGGAUGGCCAAUAUGUAUAAUAAUUCAAUGGCGUUUGAACCAAAUUUAAAUCAGGGAGAUGUUGUUCAUCAGAAAAAUCCCCAGACUUUAGAAAUGGUGGCGAGGUCUCAAUAUUCCCCACCUAGUCGUCCUUUUGACAAUGAAGGUUCACCUCGGUCACAUUAUCAGAUGUCUCCUAUUACAGGUCAUCCUGUAGGGAAACGAUCAGUGCUGGUUAAUAUACCUAAUGAUUCAGGAUACGAAAGAACAGAGCAAAUCUCGCCAAACAAUAAAAUUCCAGAAACUGUUCUGAAAUCUCAGUCUCCAGGGCUUCGAUGUGUUGAUGAUUUGAAUAUCCAAAAUACAUCUCAAUCACAAUCUCCCCAAACACAAGUAUUCUCAAGUAGUUUACCUCCAAGAUUACAGAAUGCACAAAGAUCUCCAGUCAGAAACCAAUGUCAGAUGACAAGUGGCAUUGGCUCCCCACAAUCCAUGAGUAGAAAAAUGCAGAGUGACAAAAAUGUUGAAAACUCUCCUCAUGAGCUACACCCUACUGGAAAACCAAGAUCAGAUUCACUUCAAGGUCACAAUCAAAGGUCAGAACUUCCUCUUAGUGAUACAGCUGAACCCUCACAGAGACUGCCAUCACCAUCAGCUUGGAAAAUUCCGGGUGAGCAGACAAAGCAAACCAGAAAUUUGUUUAAAGAACCAAAAAUGACUGCUCCAAAGCGUACAGGUAAUGCUCAGAUACAGAAUAAUAAAAGACCAACUAUGCCAGCUAAGAACUCCCAGCGAGAGGUUAUACAUCCUGUGCAAAAAUCCAGACAAGAACAGGCAAAACAGGAUACAUCUGGUAUAAGGGUCAAAGGUCAAAAUUCUGAGUUGAGGCACGGUAAUAGUGUAGGAAAAAGGCCUAGCCAAGUAGCUGGCCCUCCUGUACAGCAACAGAGAGGUGGUCCCCACUCUCAGCCCGUAGGAGAAGAUGUUGCCAGAAAAGGAGUUUCGACGGACAGGAAGGGAAACGUGACGCAAAGGUCAACAGUGACAGCCGGGAAAAAAAUGGACAGGUCUCAACAGAAUUAUCCAUCUGAUUAUGAAAGAAAAGUGGAAGGCAGUUUGCACAGAAAUAGAUCAGAAAGGUCGAGAACAAUUGGUCAAGUGUCUUCAUCAAGUGACAGGGGGGCAGGGAUAGGGGAGGACUCGAACUCUCCUCAUGCUGGUGUGCACCAUCCAGGGAUAAAUGUGGUCACACAGGUCCAGCAGUACAGUCGAAAUCCAAGGCCAGAUGAGUUUGGUCAGCGUGUGGUCGGAAAAGAGCAACUGAUUCCUCACAGUAAUAUGGAUGUCCAUGGAGGAGAUUCAAGUGUGGACGUUCAGGGGAUGGAAAAUGUCCGCAGUCAGCUUCAGAGUAUGCUCAAACUGUCCUCAGACACUUUCAAUGAAACACAGCAGUACAACCAUGUGGAUUCAGUAAGUGGACUUUUGAUGGACAUGCCUCAGGACCCUUACCUUUAUCAGGCACCACUUGACCAGUCAGUAUCAAGAGGUAAAGAGGAUGCAUCAGAGCUGUGUGAGAACUUCCCAAGUUUCACAUCUCGUAUUUGGUCAGACACUUCCAAUGUUUCUCGUAGUGAUAACUCAUUACACCAGGAGAACCAGCGUCUUAGAGAUAUGUUGGAGAAGGAACGGUAUCGCAGGAAGCAUUGUGAGCAGCAUAUUCAGAAACUCAACGUCAAACUGCUAGAGACCCAACAACAAGUUGCUGUUGCAGUUUCCACAGACAAACGCAAGGACAUCAUGAUCGAACAACUUGACAAGCAAUUAGCCAAAGUUGUGGAAGGAUGGAAAAAACGAGAUGAUGACAAAGAAGAAUACAUCAAACAAAUUGAAAGAGAGAAAACACACCUGGAGGAAAAUCUAUCUAAACAGCAGAGUAUUACCGCAAACUUUGAACAAGAUAUGUCACGGGCAGUAAAUGAGAUUCGAUUGGAGAAGGAAGAUGCUAUUUUGACUGUUCAAAAGUUGAGAACAGAGGCUGAGGAUCAUGAGCGAACUCGCUUGCACCUUGAAGAUGUAAUUAAAUCAGAACGAGAAAGGACAGAACUCAUGGAACAAGAAUGGCAGAAAGUACGGGAAAAUCGUGAACUUAAUGAGAUGAAAGUGCAACAGUUGCAGGAUAGAUUACAUAAGGAGCAGGAUGAAUGGUUUAAGCGUGAACAAGAGCUGCUGCAACGUGUGGAGGAAGUGACAGAGAAAAACAUCAAGAUUGUUCAACAGGAACGGACAAAGAAUGCUGAACUAGAGCAUGAGGUAAAGGAAUUAGAGGAGAAGAGACAGAAAUCACAGACAGACAUCAAGCGUCUGGAGAUGGACAUAGAUGUUGUAUCAAGGGAAAAGGAGAGUCUGAAAGUGGAGAUGGGAAUCAUGGAGGACAAGUACGAGACAUCACAAAGAGCACUUGAGGCAGAACUACACUCACAGAUGCAGAAAGAGAUAGCAUCUCAGAUUGCGGAUGUCCACAAGCGUAUGGAGGAAGAGGAGGAGACAUUGAGAGAGAACCAUCGCCACCAGGUUAUGGAGCUGGGACAGAGACACAAACGUGAGAUGGAGAAACAACUUGCUCGCUACCAUGAUGAUCUCAAAAACCGUGAGGAUGAGAGCAGAAAACUUUACCAGGAAUAUGAACAAAAACUCCAUGAUAGCAGAACAGAAAUAACUUCACUACAGUCAACAAAACAGAAACUUGAGUCACAGAGGAGUGAGAUCCUUACAAAGCUACAGUACAUGAUGCAGUCACAGUGGAAUGAGGCCGUAUCACUGCUGUCUGGCUCCCCAAAUAAAAAGAAACCACCCCAUCCAAACUCAUCCUUUUUGUCAAUGCCUGGCCGAUCUGAAGAUAAUGUCCAGUCAUAUCACCAAUCUGAUGAUCUACUGGUAAACAACCUGACCACAGACACAGCUGAUCACAACCCUGUUGGAGUGUCUGAGAGUGGUCCCUUCAACCCAGAGCUCAGUCUGGCUGACUUCAGCACCUCGCUCCAUAUACAGCAGCUGCUACAGAGUCUGUCUCAUCCAGGAGUGAGAGGAGCAGGCUCCUUUGAAGGAGUUAGUGGUUCAACUUAUGACCAAAGCAGUAGCAAACCGGACAUUUCACAAACAGUCAAUACAGAUAGAACUGCAAAGGUAGGAACAAGUCUUCAACAAACAACAGCAUUAAACUCAGAGACAUGCCAAAUGUCAAGCAAUCCACAGACAAUGAAUCAGGAGCUGUUCAGAAAUCCAGACACUUCACAAACAAUGGUAAAUUCAGAGGACUAUCAGUUAUCAAAUAGUGCCCAGUUGCCUUUCCAAAAUACAGACAGAUUUCAUGUUCCGGAUAUGACUCAGAGGUCAGAUUUAUAUAACAAGAGUGUUCAUAACUGGCUGCAUGAGGCCACUAUCACCAGCCUGCAGCCCACAUCUACAAACAGUUCUGAUUGGUCAACUCAGCAAGCUAAAAUGGCAUUAGCAGCCAAUCAGCAACAGCAACAGCAGCAGCAACCUCCACCUGUUGCUGUGCCUAUCCGACCCCCCCAGCAACACAGUAGUGAGGCACAGCAUUAUGAGCAGACACCAGACAGCAGUAUAUCAGAGCAUCCAUCAGAUUGGUCUCAACCUGGCCACUCACCACCCACCAAAUUGCAGGGUCACCAUCGCAUCAGGGAGGACCGUAACCUGUCGGAUGGAGACCUGGCUACAGAAACUGCCAAACUUGAUGUGGACUACAGUCAGUUAUCAGACAGAUUAGAGGAGCAUGAGUCUCGUCAGGGCCAGCUGCAGCAUUAUAUACAAAUGCUUCUUCAGAAAACUCCUGGGGAGGCCAGUGAGGAUGGAGACAUUGACUAUGGGAACAGUUCACAGUUAUCACAAGACCAGACAGAAGAACUAGACCUGAAUGACACUGCACAAGCAGCACAGCUUCAGAGGGAGCUGACACGCAUUCAACAGCUUCGUGAUGGCAAGGCUGCAAGUGUAGGGAACAGACAAUCAAUCACUACUCCAGGUAACUCAUAUGAAGGAGUGUUGAGUGCUGACCAGCUGGCAGAAAUAUCCAAGUUAUUAGGUCAGCAGACUGCAUUAUUGGAACAACCUCAGGCCUCACAACAGGAUAUGGAACAAAUCACAGAGUUGAUGGAGGUUCUGAAGGGUUUGAAUGUGAGGCAACCCACAAAACGUUUAGGACAUCCACUACCUCCAAGGGGAGUGAAGAAAACCGGAGCAGCCAACAAUAUCUCACCACGUUCCCCACCACAAGUCAGUCACAAGGAUGUGGCCAAGGUCAAACGUAAUCUCAAGGUUGCGAUGACAGGAAUAGCUGAAGGACAGGGACAGACUGCUUCAAAAGCCUUACCAGGCUCGCAGGUAAAGAAACCUGAAAGGAAAGUGGCUCCCGUAGCAGCAGCUGGGGUCAGGCCAAGUCAAGGAAAGGUCAAAUCAGCAUGGAAAUAGAAUCUGUCGGAUUGGUCAAAAGGAAAGUGGGAGGACACUAUCUGAUUGGUCAGAAAGAAAGUGGGAGGACACUAUCUGAUUGGUCAGAAAGAAUGUGGGAGGACACUAUCUGAUUGGCCAGAAAGAAUGUGGGAGGACACUAUCUGAUUGGUCAGAAAGGAAAUUGGAGGAUAGUAUCUCAUUGGUCAGAAAGAAUGUGAGAGUAUGGUGUGAUAAUGAUUGACAGAAGUAUGAAAAUAUUCAGACACUUUAUAGUGGAGAGGAGAAAUCAGACAGAGAACUCUGAUGUACUGUGUCCAGACACUUUAUAGUGUAAAGGAGAAAUCAGACAGAGAACUCUGAUAUACUGUGUCCAGACACUUUAUAGUGGAGAGGAGAAAUCAGACAGAGAACUCUGAUGUACUGUGUCCAGACACUUUAUAAUGUAGAGGAGAAAUCAGACAGAGAACUCUGAUGUACUGUGUCCAGACACUUUAUAAUGUAGAGGAGAAAUCAGACAGAGAACUCUGAUGUACUGUGUCCAGACACUUUAUUGUGAUGAGGAGAAAUCAGACAUAGGGCUCUGAUGUACUGUGUCCAGACACUUUAUAGUGAAGAGGAGAAAUCAGAUAUAGGGCUCUGAUGUACUGUGUCCAGACACUUUAUAGUGUAGAGGAGAAAUCAGACAGAGAACUCUGAUGUACUGUGUUCUGUUCUUGGUAGUGUGAUAAUCAAUAAAUUUUACUAGUGUUUCAGUCACACUUGCUA